AUGGCUGUUGCAAACAGCAAAAGCAUGAGUAUCUCUUAUGGUGUAGAGGCCAAGUACAAGUUCCCAACAGCCGGGGUAGGAAUAGAGUUCGAUCCGAGCACCAAGUGCCAGUUUAUCGACGUUAUCCAAUACACGGCCUCUUCAGACACCAGAACCAACAUUAAUGAAGGAUUCCUAGAUGACGCGAGUCUAAACUCGUGGUUGGAUGAGGACUUCCCACAGUCGCUGCAUAGGAGUGAAGAGUCGGAUGAUGUUGAAUCUAAGCUCAAAAUGGUCGGCGGAUUAAGGCUAUUACUAGGACAUUGUGGAUCUCAGGCAAGCAAAACAGAAGACCGUCGCACCAUGCCAUUCCGCAAAGACUGCUAUGAAAAGCUCGAACGAUUCCUCGGCAUACCUUCGGAUUUUCAGCAUGCACUAAUUGGGACAAUCGGUAGAGCUUUCAAGUUCAGCUGUCCUCCAAACAGCGGUGGUCCAUACUUUUCCCCAUCAACGUGUUUUGUUUUCAGAUUUGGAGUACAAGGGCCAAACUUUUACCAAAUUGCUGCUAGUUAUGAUCCAGCCAGAAAUCUGACUUAUGCCAUUAUCCUUACCAAAUCCCAAACUCACCAAUAUCAGUCGCUUCUACAAAUGAUCAAGCAAAACACGAUUCACAUCGCUCAUCCACUCUGUGUAGUAUCUCUCGUCGUGGAACUAGUACAUCAAACAGCAACGCUUCAGAUCCAUAUAGUGCACGACAACCUCAACCGACUUGAGGAAGCUACGGGCCAGCACGAAUACAUCAAUGUGGCACUCAGAGAUCCACUCAAGACGGAUUUUAUGGCUGCAACAAGACGACUAAACUUCGCGAGCAGGGUCAUAGUUGUUGAGCGGACGAGAGCUGGUAGCAUGAUAGCUUCACUUGAGAUGAUGCUCAAUGAAGGUAAGACCAUCGUCGCUUCUCAAGACCAGCGAGUCUCUGAAACCUAUGUACGAGAAUUGAUCGGGUCACAUUUAAACGUGUAUCGCAAUUUGACUUUGAGAGCGGAGAUGGAGGAUGUACGAGCCGCCCGUCAACUAGCUGUGGUCUACCAAUUUAUGGCGAUCAAAGAAGCUAUCACGAAUGGCCAGGUAGCCAAGACCUCCGCUAUCAUCGCAAAGGAGAGUAAAAAGGACAGCUCAGCCAUGAAAGCCAUCGCAGUUCUCACGAUGUUCUUCUUACCUGGAACCUUCCUCGCUACAAUCUUCGCAAUGCCAGUCUUCAACUGGGAGGACAGCAAUAGCCCAGCGAUCAGGGAAGGUUUCAAAUACUAUUGGGCCAUUGCGAUUCCGAUUACUUUCCUGGUCCUGGUAAUUUGGGGCUUGUCCGUCUGGCUGCCUUGGGCGGAGUGGCUUUCGACAUUCAGGCCGAAAAAACAUGAAAUACUAGAUGAGUUUUACGGUCAGAAAAACGACACUUUCGAACUUCUAAACAUCACCGCGCCUGAACGAGCAGCCGACGCCAUUGCAGAUGGAGGGCCGUCAGAUAUCCAUCAUAAUGCAUCCGAACCAAAUUUGUCAAUACCUGGUCCAAGUAAUCAAGUACUCAAACACAACGGCGUUAGAACUUUUGUCAAACACAAAGGUGCACGGCUCCUUUCCUAUCUAGGUCGCGAAAAUGAAAGUAGUAGCGAUGAUCUAGUUGUUUAUGAUCGGUUGGAACGACUUGGAUAUUCGCUUGAGCUUGAGACUUUCGAAGUGCUGCGGAGUAUUAUCCAGAUUUUAACGGUUGAAAAUGAUAAAAUGGAGGACGACGUUCCUGAGACGAACCUCGGCAAAGGAAAACUUGCCGUCAGAGAUAUGCAAGAUCGUUCUACUUGUCAGGAUGAUCCGACACUUUUCCGCCUGGUCGACAACAUGGACCAACUGUUGACUUCUGUCAAACAUCGGGUGGCGUUCGAAGAAAAUGACGAAACUAUGCUCGAACAACUAAUUUACUGCCUGCGGAGAUCGUGGUCGCGCGGCCACUUACCACUUGACAUGGCUUUCAUGAAUCCUGGAACUCUGCCUGCUCCGGCUCUGGAUCCUGAAUACUUCCUAACUCCCCCAAUAGGCUCCUCGCGUUAUAAUCAAUGGCCUCAGCUGCCAUGGCAUAAACCUCUUUGCAAGUUCCAUUCUAUUGCACGAGAAGACGAAAUGGGUUUGAUGCAAUUCAUCCAUUGGUUAGUCGUGUUCCGGAACACCCACACAAUGUCUCUUUUCUCGGAACCGAUGUUGCAAUUUCACGUCUGGGAUCGUCUAUGUACUGUCAUAGAGCACCUCGACUAUCAUGUUGAUAAUGUUCAAGCCGAUGAAACUCGAGGAGAAAUGACCCAAGUCGCGUAUACUUUGCGAGCAGACAUACUCUGGCAGACGGCACGGUAUCUUGCAUGGUAUCAAGGGUCCCAUCAUAGAGAGUGCCUGCCACCCGAAUUAACGAACGCUUCUCGGGAAGACUUCAAAGAAAUGGUAAUCGACAAUAUAACAUCAGCAUACCAAGUUAAUAGCGGCGCAAAAAUGUCUCAGGUUAUAACGACUAAACUCUUUGCAGAACUCUGCGAACAAAUCGUUGAAACACAUAUUCAACCUCCUCCUAAAUCUACAUCUUAUGUCAAACAGCUACGCAUGCGCCAUCCAACAGCUGAAGAGUUCAGGGAUAAAUGGAGGAAACACUGGGAGGUUAGAUUAUUGGAGUGGCACAAGUUCAACACUCUGAAGCAUUACCCAAAAGGAAGAGUGGCAAAUCGGGGAUCUGUACCAACAGAGCAAUCCCCUCGUACUGCAGGUAGGCCGGGCUCUGCGUCUGCUCCUUCGACCGCAAAGCACUGUUCCGACCCAAUGAUCCGCCGAGGCUACAUUCCAAUACAGCAUCAACCUUUUCCUUCGCAUUACACUAAUCAAUACACCGUCUCAAAUCAUGUUCUACAACGUACCGCGGGGCUUCCAGUUGCUCAGAAUUACCCUGGGACGAGUUCUUCAAGUGCUCAGGAUUACUCUGGGACGAGCUUUCCAGCUACCCAAAAUCAUUCUAGGGCGAGUUUCUCCAGUAUUCAGAAUUACCCUGGGACGAGCUUGUUAAGUACUCAGAAUUACCCUGGAGCUAGCUUCACAGGUACUCAGAACUAUGCGGCUGGCCCUGACCUUCUUAUUGAGCAAACGGCAAAAUCAUAUGGCGAUAGUUUGCCCAAUGCGCCAAGCAAACAAUUUCGGUGUCAGUCAAUUCUUGAUGAAUGGGACGAAAUUGAUCCUUGUGCAUUGGAAAGACCUCGUUUGCCUUCGCAGAAAUCCGCGCCCGGUUUUGGGACACCACAGGCCGUCCCGGGUUGGGAAAGGCAGCUUCAGGUACAACCUCCUCCGCGGUCUAUACUACCCCCACCACCUACGAUGUCCCCACUCACUUUACCUCCACCCAUUUUGCGUCCACCGUCCAGCUUGCAUCCACCGACAGAGAUAAAUCCCAGACGACUGGGCCGCGAUGUUCCGGCUUUCGCGUCAGCUUUACCAUCCCAGCUCAAUCCCGCAGCCUCAUCGUUCAUACCUUCAAUGCCCGGACCUUCCCGCGUUCCCGAAAGGUUUAGACAGGAGCUGUCGCCGGGUGAAAGGAAUUCCAAGGUUGCUGCUUGGAUUUCCCGUGGGCCUAGCUAUAGCUCUGAUGCAAAUGAACGAGGGCCUUUUUCGCCGCGGGAAAGUGGUGCGGAGAGUUCUGGAAACACGUCACAGGCUUCGGCAGAUGGGAAUGUGGGAGGGAAGAAUAGACGGAAGAAGAAGAAUGGGAAUCGGAAGGAUAAGGGCAAGGGUGUCGAGCGGAUGUAA